CGUGUCUGUCCUGUCCGCUCGAGUCGGAGCCAACUGGCGGUUUGUCAUUCAAAGUUUAGCGCCGUCGCCUCCCCCUCGUGUCGGCGGACAACCAACCCCGCAGCCGGCAGCGAGGGGCCGCGCCGCGUCCAAUGAGAGGGUCCGAGGGGGGAUUCGCGGCAGCCAAUGUCCGACCAGCCGGAGCGCAACACACGGAGAUAAACACGGACGGAGGCGUCCUCCCUCACAGCCCGGAGACCGCGCACUGACGGUGCCUUUCCGACCCGUUGCCUGAGACGUACCGACGCGCAGCUGGCCUCGUAUAUCGCUUUGUGAUCGUAAGCGAAGAUGGGGAAGGAUCUGAAGAAGCCGAAGGGCAAAAUGUCCUCAUAUGCCUACUUUGUGCAAACGUGCAGAGAGGAGCACAAGAAGAAACACCCUGAAGCCAGUGUCAACUUUUCAGAGUUCUCCAAGAAAUGCUCCGAGCGGUGGAAGACAAUGUCACAGAAAGAGAAAGGCAAGUUUGAAGACAUGGCCAAACUAGACAAGGUGCGCUAUGAGGGGGAAAUGAAGCAUUAUAUUCCCCCCAAGGGCCAGAAGAAUAAGCGAUUCAAGGACCCAAAUGCCCCCAAGAGACCACCGUCUGCAUUCUUUCUGUUCUGUGCGGACUUUCGCUCCAAGGUCAAAGGUGAGCACCCUGGACUUUCCAUCGGGAGCACAGCAAAAAAGUUGGGAGAGAUGUGGAACGGCUUAUCUGCAGAGGACAAGCAGCCGUAUGAGAAGAAGGCUGCCAAGUUGAAGGAGAAAUACGACAAGGAUAUUAUCGCUUACCGCACAAAGGGCAAAGUGGACUCCGCAGCAGCUGCAGCAGCAGACGAUGACGACGACGAUGAUGAGGAGGGAGAUGACGACGACGAUGAUGAUGACGACGAUGACGACGACGAGUAGACCGCACAGGGAUGGGACCUGAAGUUUUCUUUAUGCCAUAUAACGCUUAUAUACUCAAUUCACCAUCUUGAAACAGAAAGACAUAUUGAACAAGAACAUGUGUAUAUUUAAUGUUUUUAAGAUGUACAGUCUUAUGCUCCUUUUUCCUUUUCUUUUUUGUAAAGUUAACGCUACAUAUCUUCAGUUAAACUUUUUCUAGUGGUAGUUCUUUAUCCCUGCCAUAUGUAACAAUUUAGGAGGACUACAAAUUGUUCUGAAAGUAACUAGGUGUUUCAACUCAAAAAUGAGAUUUCUGAGUUGGUAGUGUAUUUUUUUUCUUUAUUUUGGAAAAUAUAUUUUUAUGUGCUGUCCCAACGUCUUUUUAUUGUUCUUUGGAUACCACUCUAAUAUCAAAUGCAGCUGUCGACAUUCAAGAAUGUCUUAAAUAAAGGUCUUUUUUUUUUUUUAAGAAGUUUGUGCGUUUUCCUUUUCUUCAAUUUUAGUCAGUUUAGCCAGUUAUUUUAGAUCCAACAUGGAGCACGUGUUGUUAAUGAAGUAGGCUUUUUUUUCAUUUAGAAGUGACUUGUUUUAACCUGAAAUUACUCAUUAAACUAACUUUCCCUCGUU